AAACAGGGAGAAUUAAAAACAAAGCCAACAGACAGAAGAAGGCUGAGAAGAGAGGAAACAAAAGAAAGAGAAACAGCUGCAGCAACUCACAGCAGAAAGCAAAGGAAGGGAAACCCCAGAACUCAGAGCAAAGAGCUGAGAGGUUUUGAAUUUGUCAAAUGGCAGUUAAUUGUAAGCUUCUCGUGAUCUGCGCCAUGAUCAUCACGGCGGUGGUGGCGGCGACGACAACGACCGUCGAUGCGAGUGGGGAGCACCAGCCGAUUCUGGGUUGGAUACCGACCGGAUCGCCAUGCAAGGGUUCCAUAGCCGAGUGCUUAGCCGGGGAAGAAUUGCAGCUGGACUCCGAGAUCAGCCGGCGCAUUUUGGCGACCACCAAAUACAUCAGCUACGGUGCGCUGCAGAGGAACACCGUGCCAUGUUCCCGACGUGGCGCUUCCUAUUACAAUUGCCAGCCCGGAGCUCAGGCUAACCCUUACAGCCGUGGUUGCAGCCGUAUCACAAGGUGCAGGAGCUGAGUUUUCUUUAAAUUUCUUUUGCAUUUUCCAUUUUUUACGACCUUUUUUAUUAUUAUUUUUAUUUUUUUUAUGGGAGGGAGGAAUGGGUUUGAUUGUUACCAUACAUGAAGAAAGCACAAAGAGCAGAUAGGGAGGUGGCUAUGGCGGAUGGGUCUUUGUUGUUAUUGGUGAAAAUAUUAUUGUUAUAAUUUUUAUUUUUAAUUUUUAAUGUCUCUUGUAAAAGAUUAUUGUUACUACUAUUAUACUUCUUUUUUUCCCCUCGA